UUCGUCCUCUCCAGUGCAUGUGGUGGCUUUUGUUUUGUGUACUCUUGUCCUUUCGACCAGGUGGCUGGCACCGACCUGGCGGAAAGCUUCAAUUCACUAAAACUAAAAAUGUAAGUUUCCUGUGUUUCUUGCGAAACGAAAGCCGAGGCGGAGUCUGGCUGGGCAUUCCCGUGACCUUGACUGCGUUGAUGUUGCGAGGGGCAUUUUGCUGGCGGCUUAAUUUGUAUCCGCGUCGGCCUCGCGGACUGACAAAGGAGUGAAUCGUUCUGUUCGUUUCGCUCCUUGCUAGCGCGAUCGAGAGGAUUGUGUGACAAUGAGUGAAGCUGAACCUAGAUGGAAACAACACUGCCAGUUUCUGGCCGCCCUCAAUGAUGGCAACACAACGUUGGCGUGGACUUUGCUGUGUGGCUUUGAAGGACCUCCAGUCGAUCCGGAUGUAAGAAUCAUGACAGGAGGUGAAAACAAGCCUGCCAUAUGCAUUGCUGUUGAGAAGGACCUCUUAGAUAUGGCUCGGCUUCUAAUCAAGAGCGGCUGCAGUGUGAACCAGUCUUCAUCUACUGGGUUGUCUCCUCUGCACAUAGCAGUUAUGCGCAACAAUAUUGCCUUGGUGCGGCUUUUGCUGAAGAGUGGUGCCAGUGUUUCCUGUGUAGACUGCAAUGGAAGGAUGCCACUACAUCAUCUGGCUCUCUGCAACUACAGUGGCAGCAGUCUUGAAAUCGCAAGGCUUCUUGUACAGAAAGGCGGCAACAAGGAGCACAGGGAUAAAAAUGGAGCAACACCCCUCUCACUAGCCUGCGAAAGCCACCGCAACUUGGCUCUGUUCCUAUUGUCCCUUGGGACCAAUGCCAGCACUGCUGACAAUGAGGGAAACACUCCACUACAUAACGCGUGUGCCUGGCAGUCAAACGAUGCUGAAUUGGUGAAUCGGUUGCUUGCUGCUGGAGCACCGGUGAAUGGGAAGAAUAACCGUGGUAUGACUGCACUCAGCUUUGCCGUGAUGACGUAUGCAAGUCCCUUGGUGGUACAGAGCCUGAUGAGCAAAGGAGCAGACUGCAACCUCUUUAUCGAGUGCUGGAGCCAGACAGUUCUUCACCGAGCUGCUUGCAUUAUCGAUGAUGAUGGAAACAUGGAGUCAAUGAAGACUUUCGUGCGUUAUGGAGGGAAUCCAUUCAGUCAAGACGAGUUUGGCACAACGGUUAUGCAGUAUGCGCUGUGCACAAACGGGCCACUAGCCUUGUGGAUGAUCCGUGCGAACCCAUUUAUGGGCGCGCCCCGCUGGGCUGCGUGGCGGAUGCUGGACAGCAAGGAUGAACGUCCGGAUCACAUUGUAGCAAGUAUCAUGUCGGAGCUUUCCAGCAUUCCGAAACUUCAGCAACUGUGCUCUCUGGCAUUUCGCCGCAAGUAUGCCUGCCACCUUGACUCUCCUAUGUACACAUCGACUCUGCCACCUCGGUUACUACAGUGCCUUCUCUUGUCCGACCUGUGGCCGUCAGCGGUGGAUAGGUGACUUUGGAUGUCUGUAGGAAAAAAGGCAAGCCAUUAGCUUUAAUUUUGCUUUAAGGACCGAUAUUUAUGGUAAUUUAAAAUGACAUUGCAUGUAACCAUGUACCGUAAGAACCUGAAUGUAAUAUGAACACAAGUAUAACAGAAGGGGUAAUUUUGGGCUAAGGAAAGAAAAGAAACCAUUCUAUCCACUUUUAUCUGCUUGUGAUGCAUCUCAUAAAUACAUACUUUCAAAUCAUUCUGCA